CUCGCAGCCGACCCGUAUCCCUCUCUCCCCUUCCCCUUCUUCCUAUACUCAUCAUUCUUCCCCCCUCAGACCACUCAAGAUGACCCGUGGCAAUCAGCGCGAAAGUGACCGAGCCAAAGCUCUCAAGAAGCUGGGCGACUCUGGAAAGAAACAGACUGGUAACCCUCAGGCUAGGCGAGAAGCAGAUGCGAAGGCUGUAGCUGAGAAGCAAGCUCUCAAAGCCAAAGCCCGUGCCGAGGCGGAAGCCAGGGGUGAACUGUCCAUUUUCGACGCCAAGCAGGAAAAAAGGAAACAGAACACUGGUCCUCCCGGGGGCGUCAAGAAACAGUAAGGGGGUCAGAGGGGCUUGAGUGUGAGAUAGGUCUUGGAGAGAUGGGGGGGUGACGCUUAGAACUUAGAGGGUAGAGGGAGUAUGGAUUGGG